CAGAUGUCGACCGCAAUCGGAAGAUGUGCUAGGGCGUCUUCCUUGUCGAAAUGCAAGGCCAGUCUCGUGCGUUCACCGCAUCUUCUUCUUCGAAAGGAAGGAAGGGAUCUAAGCUGUUGCUCGAAAUCAAAUUGUUAGAAUCGAAAGUUUCGGAGCUUCAAUGGCAAAUGGCGAAGGCGGAGAAGGCGCGGGCGGCGAAACUUGCGGCGGAAGCAAAUCCUAUCACGGAAGACGACUAUGACCAGUUCUUCGAGCAACUGAUGGCGCCUCCAACGCACAGUAGUGACGACGCAAAACUUGCUUUGUCUGCAACAGCACGAAUGCUGCCAGCGGCCGUGGUUGAGAGGUUGGGACACGGCACGGCACUCACCAUCAGCGCGGACCAUAAACGGGAUUGGGCGGCCACCGUCACGGAUUUCCAGGCGAAUGGUGGAUAUAAGGGUCUGUCGAUUUAUGAGAUAAACAGGUUCGUUCACUGGAUCCCGCAAAGCGAGCGAGGAGAGCUUGUGCCCAAAAUAUUGGAUCAACUUAAAGAAGCUGAGGUUCGGCCUGAUGUUUUGACAUACGAUCUUCUUCUGGACGGAUUAGCCAAGUUGGGAAAGACAGAAGAGGCCGUCAACCUUUUCGCGGAAGUGUUGGAAAAGGGACAUUCUCCAACGCUGCACACUUAUCAUCACCUUCUUAGAGCCUUCGCUGAGGUAGCAGAUAUCGGCACUACGUCGAGAAUUUUCAACCAAAUGCGGGCCGCUGGAGUCGAGCCCAACCGACAAAUCAAUACAACGCUCAUCGCAGCAUGUGUGCGCUCAAAGCAUUUGAAAGAAGCACAGCAAAUUUUCGACUUCAUGAAGUACAAGGGCCAACAGGACGCGCCGGACCUUACGACGUACAACCUCAUGAUUCACGCAUGUUCUAUCAGACAGGAAGCCGAGCGCGCAGAAGAACUCUUCAUGGAACUUCAGACCCGCCCUCAGAACCCCUUGAAGCCAGAUGCGACGACUUUUGCAUCAAUUAUUCACGCGUAUGCGUCCCGGAAGGAUUACUACACUGAGGCUUGGCUUAUGGCGGAGAAGAUGCGCGAGGCGGGGUUCGAACUUAACAGGCAUGCGUGUAAUGGCUUGUUGCAGGCCUGUGGCAAGGUGGGAGACCUCAGCAAAGCGAGACAGUUAGUGAUGGAGAUGGCGAACAGUACGCAGAAGAUCGAAGAGGCGUUUGAUGUCUAUACCUUCCAGCAUCUGUUUCGGUCUUAUGCGAACUUUUACAUGUGGAAGAGGGACGGUAAAAUGGCGAAUCGGAAGUUACGGAAUACAAUUCAUGAGCGGACCACUUCAGAUGAGGAUGUUUCCAGUGUUCCUCAGCUGAGCGAAUCGGAGAUAUCGGAUAACCCACGCGCUAUUCCUUUUUUGCCAUACUCUGAGUUGCGUUCCUCAGAAGAUGUGAUUAAGGAGGCUUGGGACGUGCUCGCCUAUCUCCGGAAACACCGUCCUGAAGACGUGGAUACGCACCUGCUCAACACUGUCCUCGCGAUCCCGCUCAAUUUUCAGGAUCAUUCAUCUUUGAAGCGGUACUACGAGGAAUUCUUCACAAGCGAGGAGCAGAACGAGACAGCUGAGCAAGGCAAGGCCGAGGAAGGAAACCGAAAUCCUAAGCCCCCGAGAAACGGUUAUACGUUCCAGACUGCUCUUCAAGCGGCUUACCAGGCAAGGGAUCUGAAAUUCCUUCGCCAAGUUUGGGAAGAGCGCAGUGUAUGGCGUAGAAGAGUCAAGACAGAAAUUCGGGAAUCGUCAUCGCCUAAAAGACCUGGAAAGAAACACCAUGAAAAUGACCAGGCUCUCGCGCAUGUAACGAAUCUCGGAAAUGAUCCUCGAUACCUCGAAAUGAGAAAGACGCAUGAUUUUGCGGCCGUGAGAACGAUGGUCAACGGUUUGGCCCGUUGCAAUGAACUGGAGGAAGCGACACGACUGCUUCGUUCCUGUGAAUGGCAAUAUAUCUGGACGCCUCAAGACCUGUCAACGAUGUAUAUAAAGGCAAAGCAAGCGGAAGACUUGUAUGCCACGUCGUUGGUGCGGAAGUUGGUAUACCGGAGUCAUAAAUUCCAGGAGGAGGGAGACCUAAAACCAAUUCGUGGUCCUAUGUGGGCGAACAAGAAGUGGGAAAGAGGUAAUGUGGUGCCGAAGCAACCGCAGCCUGGGGAUGACGUGAAUGUUGAUGAUGAGGGCCCGGCUCCCGCUGGCUAUGGGAAGUGGCGCUUCAUGUAG